GAGGAGGAGGAGGCGGCGGCGGAGGAGGCGGCGCUGGGGGCAUCUCCAACACCCUCCCCCUUGGAACGAGCCACAUCAAACCGGCCUCCGCCACCGGGACCCCGGGCCGGCCCCCCCACCCCCUCCCCUCUGCCCGCGCCCACCCGGGAUGAUGAAGAAGAACAAUUCCACCAAGAGGGGGCCCCAGGAUGGAAACCAUCAGUCCGCACUGCCUGAGAAGGUCGGCUGGGUGCGGAAAUUCUGUGGGAAAGGGAUUUUUAGGGAGAUCUGGAAAAACCGCUACGUGGUGUUGAAGGGGGACCAGCUCUACAUCUCUGACAAGGAGAUAAAAGAUGAGAAAAAUGUCCAGGAAGUAUUUGACCUGAGCGACUAUGAGAAAUGCGAGGAGCUUCGGAAAUCCAAGAGCCGGAGCAAGAAGAAUCACAGCAAGUUUACCCUGGCACACUCCAAACAGCCUGGGAACAUGGCACCCAACCUGAUCUUCCUGGCAGUGAGUCCAGAGGAGAAGGAGUCUUGGAUUAACGCUCUCAGUUCUGCCAUCACCCGAGCCAAGAACCGAAUCCUGGAUGAGGUCACUGUGGAAGAAGACAGCUACCUCGCCCAUCCCACCCGUGACAGAGCCAAGAUCCAGCACUCUCGACGUCCCCCAACCCGAGGACACCUAAUGGCUGUGGCCUCCACCUCUACCUCGGAUGGAAUGCUGACCCUGGACCUGAUCCAAGAAGAGGACCCUUCCCCCGAGGAUCCCACCUCCUGUGCGGAGAAUUUCCGCGUGGACCUGGACAAAUCUCUGGCCCAGCUGGCAGAAGGCCGGCGACGGGCAGACUCAGACCGAAUCCAUCCCGCCUCGGACCUGGGCCGUAGCUUUCCCCGGUCCUGGGAAAAGCCGGACAAGGGGGCUCCCUACACCCCGCAGGCCCCCAAGAAGCAGACGCCCUCCGAGAAAGGCCGGUGCGCCUCUUUGGAAGAAAUUUUGUCUCAGCGGGACGCUGCCCCGACCCACGGCCUGCUGCAGGCGGAGGAUCCGUCCGCCCCAACCCCACCUCACCCCGCACAGCUGUCCCGGAUCCAGGACCUGGUAGCGAGGAAACUGGAGAAGACUCAGGAGCUGCUGGCCGAGGUACAGGGGCUGGGGGAUGGGAAACGAAAGGCCAAGGACCCUCCGCGUUCUCCCCCUGACUCGGAGUCAGAACAGCUGCUGCUGGAAACGGAGCGCCUGCUCGGGGAGGCAUCCUCUAACUGGAGCCAGGCAAAGAAAGUACUGCAGGAGGUGAAGGAGUUGAGAGACCUGUACAGACAGAUGGACCUUCAGAGCCCAGACUCUCAGCUCAGACAUUCUUCUCAGCACAGCCAGUACCGGAAGAGCCUGAUGUGAGGGAGCAGGGAAAGGGGGUCUGGGACACGUCGGAGGGAGGGAUGGACGGACAGACGCCGGGACUCGGGGUGUUUUGUUUUAUUUUGUUUUUUAAUUUACCACAAUCCAAAAAGGAAAAAAAAAAAAAAACCAACCUCGUGGCUCCCGCUGGCGCCUGAUCUUCCCUUGUUCAGUCCCCUUUUCCCUCCCGGGUCAUCAACUGGCCCAGAUUUGAGGGAGAGGUCUUCCCUACUGAACGGUAAAGGCGGGGCGAGAUGUUGGAGGCUUUCUGACGCUUCUCAGCCGAGCCCUAGAGAGGCACGGAGGAGGGACGAGAACGGGGCUCCCCCAAGUCCCUACCGCGACACAGAGACUCCUAGCCUAGCUUGAUGGGGGCGAAGGGACUCAUCCCUUUAUCCCCUUGUCCGGGUUUGCCCUCUCAGGGUGAAAUUUCAGCCAGAAAGUCCACACUCUGGGGAGGUGGCUUCCACUUCCAUCUGUUCCAUCCCCUGGUGUCAGUGAAGGGAAGAGGGAGGGGGUGGGGGAAGAAGGGUAGUCUAUAGAGUCUCAACAAUAAUCGGACACGCUUUCUCCCGCAUCCCCUCAUUGAUAUUUGAACUCCUUCUCUCCUUUCUCUUUUAUGUCUUAUUUUGUGUUUACUUCUCCCUCCACCCCAAAAGGAGUUUAAAGACAUGAUGCUUAUGGUAGAACUGUGAAGAGAUGUUGGCAUUCUCUCUGCUUCUCAGGGGCUCCUCUAGCAGGGGAACAAGGGGCAGCUGUCCCCAAGGGAGAGCGGAUCUAAGAAUGAAACUUGAUUGUGGAGUGUGCUGGGUAGGAGAAAGGGGGAAACCACACACAUGUUCGUGUUCCUCUUUUAGCCAAGUCAGAGUUUUCUACCCUGCCUGCCCCAACCCCAAGACUGCUCAUCCCUGUCUCAGAAAGGGGUUCACUACCAAGGAAGGAGUCAUCGAGCACAUGCACAUAACACAAACAUACCCCCUUGACUCCUCCAGCCGCUUUGAUACACCAAGUGCCAGGCUUCUUGGCUUUUUUGUUUAUGAGAGAUCCUAUACAAGUUAGACUUCAAAGCAUUUGCUUUCUGUCCUCUGCCAUUUACAGCAAUGACAGAAGGAAAGAGACAAGAAAUGUCAGUGAUUUCAAGAAAGAGAGAGAUGGAGACAGACAGCUUAACCCUAGGAAAGGGACUCAGAGA